GUGGAAAACUCAGUUAGGGAAUGGAAGAUAACUGACGGCUCAUCUUGAGACAUUUCUGUCCAUGGCAAGUUGAAGAGAGAUCUCAGUUCCCGUUAAACCUGCAAGAUACGGAAUAUAUAUAUAUAUAUAUAUAUUCAUAGAUACGUUCAGACAAUAGCCGCAGAAGAGUUCUAGCUUGUCUGUCUUCUAGUUUGAUCUCCAAAAUGAGACAGAAGAGUUCAUGCUUGUCGAUCUUCUGGUUUGCCCUAAUAAGCUCUGGUGUUGUUUCUGCACAGAUAUGUCCAGACACUGCAGGGUCUUUCAGACCAAACGGUACUUAUGACAUUAACCGUCGCCUUGUUCUGUCGUAUCUUCCCUCCAAUGUCACAGCUCAAGGAAAAUUCUACAAUGUUUCGGUUGGCCAAGAACCCGAUAGAGUUCAUGCCUUGGGGAUGUGCAUCCAUGGAGCCCGAACCGAGGAUUGUUCCAAAUGUAUCCAGACAGAAUCCGAAAGAAUAACAAGCAACUGUCCUAACCAGACAGAAGCCUAUUCAUGGCCUGGCCAUCCAACGCUUUGCCUCUUACGCUACUCCAACCAUUCGUUUCUUGGAUCCCUCGAUUUGGAGCCGAGUUCUCUCGAGUUCAACCCUAGAAAUAUGAGUGUAAAUUCGACAGAGCUUGAUGGGAUAUGGGAGGGUUUAGCAACUCGUAUGAUCGCUAAAGCUUCCUCAGGCAAGGAGAACUACUACGUGGCUGAAAUAGAAGAUCUACCGGGUUUCGAGGUGAAAAUAUAUUCACUAAUGCAAUGCACUUCAGAUCUAUCUCCUGGAGAUUGUAGGGCUUGUCUACGACGAAGUGUUGGCGAUUAUCAAACGUGCUGCCAUGGAAAGCGAGGCGGCUCUGUUGCAAGACCAAGCUGCUUUUAUCGGUGGGAACUGUAUCCAUUCUCUGGAGCCUUUGAAAACGUUAUGUCUGCAUCUCCGCCUCCUUCUCCAAGGUUUAACACCAACACAACCAAAAAAGACGGUAAAACGAGUUUGACGAGAACUAUCGUGGCAAUAGUUAUUCCCAGUGUUAUAAUCAUGGCAUUGCUUGUUCUAGGAUUCGUUGUUUGGAGGAGGAGAAAGUUGUACCGACCGAUGGAACUUGAAACUGAUGAUGAUGAUAUCACAGCUCCACAGUCACUGCAAUUCGACUUUAAGACAAUUGAAGAUGCAACAAAUCAAUUUUCUCUGAGAAACAGACUCGGUCAAGGUGGGUUCGGUGAAGUUUACAAGGGUACACUUCCAAACGGAACAGAAGUUGCUGUGAAGAGGUUGUCCAAAAUGUCAGGACAAGGUGCACGAGAGUUCAAGACCGAGGUGCUUCUUGUUGCCAAGCUUCAACACAGGAAUCUGGUUAGGCUUCUCGGAUUUUGCUUAGAAGGAGAAGAAAAGAUUCUCGUCUAUGAGUUUGUGCCCAACAAAAGCCUCGACUAUUUGCUUUUCGACACUACAAAGCAAGAAAAACUGAAUUGGACAACACGGUACGAGAUCAUCGUUGGCAUUGCUCGAGGAAUUCUUUACCUUCAUCAAGAUUCACGACUCACAGUCAUUCAUCGUGACCUCAAAACAAGUAACAUUCUCCUAGAUGCUGCUAUGAACCCUAAAAUUGCUGAUUUUGGCACGGCAAGGAUUGUCGGGAUAGACCAAACUCCAGCCAAGACAAACAGGAUAGUUGGAACAUACGGUUACAUGUCUCCAGAGUAUGCGAUGCACGGGCAAUUCUCCACGAAGUCUGAUGUCUACAGCUUCGGAGUGUUAGUCCUUGAGAUUAUAAGCGGCAAGAUGAAUAGCAGCUUCUACGAGGAAGAUGGUAGUGUUGGUAAUUUGGUAACACAUGCUUGGAGGCUUUGGAGAAGUGAGUCGCCCUUAGAACUCGUAGAUCCGGUCAUCGGAGAGAAUUAUCAGGGCGAUGACGUUACUAGAUGCAUUCAUAUCGCACUAUUAUGCGCUCAAGAAAAUCCCGCAGAUCGUCCGGUACUGUCGAGGAUCGUCCUGAUGCUUACCAGUAACUCGAUCACUCUACUAGUUCCCCGGCAACCGGGAUUUUUCCUUCAAAGUAGUCGUGAUCGAGAAGCAGUAGCAGCAGCAUCUGCAGACAGAUCUGUUCCUUGUUCUGUUGAUGAUGCGUCCAUUACAGUUUUAGUUCCUCGUUGAGGAACCUUCUUUGGUCAAACUGUAUUAUUUUUCCUACCGGCCGAUCGAACUUCGUUUACUGGUUCUUGAUUUUGAGAGUACAAGGGUAUUAUCGUCACUUUUUUUAAAAAUAUUUUAAUUUAGGUUUCUGGCUAUUCCAUAAUAUUAAUAGUACAAGGGUAUUAAUGGAAUAACAGAAAUCUAAUCUUCA